AUGUCAGCGUUUAAAAAAAUGUUCAAUGUUUUACGUUCAAGCAAAGGAGAGGGUAGCAUAAUGGAUAUGGGAACAAUGAGUGAUAAAAGUUUACAUUCCACGUAUUCGGGUAACACCAGACCGAGCGUAUACACAUUUCAUAAUGAAUUCGGCGCCUCAUGUAGAGCCUCGCCUUUGUCAACAACAUCCGAAGCAACGCACAUUAACUACGCUAAUGAAUUAACCAAUUGGCGACAAAUGGAUCCUAAUCAAUCGGUAAUCCCUUUUCCUGGUAAUUCUAUGUCGCCAGGAUAUUAUGGUCAAUACGGUUAUUCGGAACCAUAUUCUACAAAUAUGCCAUACCAAAAUUCAAAUUUUGGUUACCCCAUAUUGAACGAAAAUCAAAUUAUGGUACCGGAGAAUCCAUUGUAUGCAGAAAAUAGAUUGAUGGGUGCCGAUAGUCAUCUGCCAACAAUGCCCAAUAUGACAACUUUGGCUGAACCUAGGAAUCAAUUUGUAAACUCACGCUCCGAUGCGUUUAGAUCCAGUAUGGCAGCUAUUCCACUAGAUAAGUUGAAAAGAAUGCGCGCAGCGAAAGAUUUAUACAACGUUUUGAAUUACUUGGAUAGCGACGAGACUUUCUUAAAGAAAUCGAGCAAAUCUAAUAAAUCCAAAAAAAUUAGCAAACUA